AGGGUUUGACUGGGCAGAGUUGCUCUUCGAAUUCCUAAUUUUCAAGAAUCAGCAUGGCCUCGUCUUCGAAACCCAUUCCUUUUAUCGAGGAAAAUUAUGGGCUCGCAUUCCACCAAUCAAUGCAACAACUCGUAGAUGAAAUACACAAAGAAACAUUAAAUUUGUCUCAUUUCAUCAAUGUAUUCUACCGAUUAAUGCAAUCGAAAGUUGAUCCUCCUAUAGAAACGAUCUGGAUCUACUCUGCUUUGUCCUUCAGGAGCCGAAAAAAAGCAAACCAGGAUCUUUCAGAUCAUAUUCUGAUUGUAAAGGAACUGUUUCAACUUAUUUCGAGAUGCUCAGGUCCGUGUAGUGCUUCGAAAAGCAUAGCAUUGCUAGCUCCUGUUGUUUUCCAAGUUUAUAAUUUGGUUGUUGAGUUAUUGGGCAAAGAUUUGGGAGCUAGGAGAGUGAAGAAAGCUGCUAAGGAGGCCAAGUCUUUGAUUGGGGAGAUUAUUGGAUAUGUAAGUGUGUGUUGUGGUAAGGAUGUCAGUAAGGAAAGUGAUUCAAAUUUGAGUGUAUCGUUUUUAGAUUUGGCUAGUCUCUGGAUUGAUGGGAACGACGGCUUGAAGGGUUUUUUACCUCUCACGAGUGAUGAGAUAUAUAAAGAGAUUAGUGUUGGAGGGUCAACAGUUGCAAACUUGGCUGGAGUUGUUAUUUCUGAGGUUUUCUUGUUGAAGCUAUGCUUGGAUUUACGAAUAGGGAAUCGAGGGGAAGCGCUGGAGAAGGAACUGAGAAGUUGGAUUGUUGGCUCAAUAACUGGGUUACAGAGCUUCUACUUCUUCGAGACUCUUGUGAGGAUGCUGUUGGAGCCAGCCUUGCCUGUGACUUCACUAUUGGUUUCAUGAGAGCUGCCAAUGUAUGUUUCAUAGCCGUGAAGUUGACUAGCCUCUCUGUCAAGAAAUGUCCGAUCAAGCACAACGAAGAAAUAUCAAAAUCCUCUCCAGUAUUCUCACUGAUCACGACAACCUCUUCACCAUCAUCCUCCACAGAUAACCUAGCCAUGUCUUUCGCCAUACGUUUAGUAUCAUCAGCCGCCAAUUGAUUCGCAGCCAUAAUUUAAGUCAAUAAGUACGAUCAAUAAUCAUUAAGAAACGAAAAUUGACGAAACUUGUCAGAGGGACAAGACGAGAGAACGCCCUAGAUAAAUCGACCGGAAGAAAUAAAUUAUUGUGUUAGUAUUUAUUAUAAUUAAAAUUAAUAAUAUAAUACUGAAAUCUAAAAAUAAUUUACAUAUUUAUUAAUUUUUAAUAAGAAAAUUGAGAGAGUAAGGAUUCACUUUUGAAUUUAUAAAACACAAAGUGAUAUAUAGAUAAACUAAGUAAUUUCAAGUCAAAGAGAUUUACUAGAGUGAUUGCAAAGUUGUGUUUUGAGUGCAUGAAGGUGGAUAGGGUUUGAUUAAGCUAUUGUCGUUUAUUGUUUCAUUUGCUCUCUCUUAUAUUUUUUACUGUCUUUCAAUAGGGAAUAGUAUCAUCCUCCAUGGUUGUCCCUCAUUGUGAGAGUGUGGCAGUGGCUUUUUUUUUUUAAUGUUUUUUUUGUCAUUUAUUUUACAAGUCCUUUUUGUUUAUGUGAGAGGGAUGAAUGCUCUUUAGACCUAAGUGAGAGUUGGUAUCUCUACUUUGGAGGGGAUUUUUAUCAGUGUUAAUGCUGGCAUUUUUAAAAUUAAACUAAUAUGUCCAAUGGUUCACGCUCCCUCUGACCGAUAACCAACUAAAAACUCAUGUCUCCUUUCUCGUAUUUUGAUUUUCCCUCCAAUUGCCUCUAUUAUUUUGCUUUUGAGAAUUUUUUUUCUUUAAUUUUAAUACAUGCAUGUUUAAUAUUGUGCUUUUUAAUGUCCAUUAGUUAUAGUUGUUGUAAUGAGUCAAUUAUUAUAGUGGUGAUUGGUCUGGUUUCAUUUCUUUAUUGAUCGGUGUUAAUGAUGAUGGAUGAUAUAACUGAAUAUGCAUUGCAUUAAAUUUUUAUGUAACAUUUUUGAGAUUUAGUUUUGAUUUAGUUGCGGCUCUGAGUUAUGGAUUGGAUUGUUCUUGUGAAUUUAAAUUGAGUUGGAUUGGUUGUUUUUUGAAUCAACAACCGAUUUAAACCCUCUUUCAAUUAUAAAUUGCCUGAAAUACAUUAAAAAGAAAGGCAAACUAAGUUUUCAUAAUUUUUAAAAAUUUUACUUAUAUGAUUUAUAUUAGUUUCAUUUCCUUUUACUGGUUCUAGAAAAAAUUUUCUUAGUUAAAAAUAAGCAUAAUACCAGCUGUUCUAUUUUGGAAAUUUCGUGAAGAUUGAGAAAUACUCUAUUUAUUUAUUAUUAAUGAUGGUGCUUUAGUUGUUAAAGCAUCUAACAUCCCAAUUGUUAUUUUGACUUUUGACCUUAAUACCAUAUUAAUAAUUCCACGCCAUUAAUGAAUUAUCCUUUUAUACAUGAAUUUUUGUUUCUUCCACCGCCACUUUUUUUUUUCUUCUCAUUUAUUUUCCUUUUA